AUGACCUCCGCCCAGACAAACAACACAGUCAGAGCCCUCCGCCAGGAAAACCAAGCAAUCAGGGAUGCCUUGGCUCAGGAAAGACAGUUAAGAGAACAACAACAAAAAGUGAUUGAAGAUCUCAGAACUCAACUUCAAGCUUUUUUAGCUGCUCAAAAUCCCCCAAAUACUUAA